AUGACAAUCGAUUUAUAAGUGUAAUGAAAAGCGAGCCACGCGCUUGACUAGUUAAACUAACUACUUAAAAAGAAGUAACUUUAAUCACGUGAACUUAAAAUUAAGUCAGGACAAUGUCGUUGGACCAAGUCAUAGUCAACUGCUUGCGCAACAAGAACUGGAUCAGCGUCCUGCUGCUCAGAUCGAUGGACCUUUUCCAACCCGUUCUGGGCGAGAGUUCCAACGUGUCCCACUUGAUAGAGGUCAGCCACAAUGGGAUCAUCUGGCACGAGAAGAACGUGGAGUACCGCAUCAUGAUGGACGACUUCUUCGAUAUAAGCACCAGGACGCAUGUUGGCGACGUGCCCGUUACCUUAGUCGAAAUGAAGGGCAGUCACGUGUCAUUUGGAUUAUAUCUCCAUAGGAUUAGGUACAGCAUUUUGGAUGCGCUCACCGUUAAUGUGGAACUGGGGGAGCUGCCAAUGCGCAUUUCCCCAUACCAUUCCUGUUCCCUGCACUGCAGCAACUGUACGAACGAAAUCAUUGGGCAAAGGCAGUAUUAUCAUAUCCAGGAGGUUCCCAUUACGACCAUCUUGCCGCAAAACUACUUCUGUCCCCGCAACAGGAUCCCAGUGUAUCCCUCGGAGGAGGAGCUCUAUUACGGCCUCAACUACCUGGUCGUAUGCACCGAGCUUCUGGGCAACGGAGUCAAGACCAUCGCAGGUCGUCGUCGCGUUCUCUGCUCCCGCUGCAAAAAGUGCGUGGGCGAAUUUAUUACCAGGGAUGUGGGCGUGCAGCUGUACGCGGAUGCCUUGCGAUUUGUGACCUUGGACUCCCCGCUCGAGUUCAAGGAGAUCUUUGACCAUGUGACACCCACCCAAAUUAUGAUGCGCCUGGUGAACGACGGCGAAAACAGUGGCCCGGAUCAGAGACGUCUCUUCCUCAAAGCCGUGCGUCCGGAUGGUCAGUUGCAGUUAUUGCACUUGGAGUUGGAUACCAAACAGAUGCACAUUCUGCGCUCCGAGCUGAAAAUGCCCGACAGUGUAAAACCUAAUGUAAGCAUACCCAUGGAGACCGAUACCAGCAGCGAGAGUGAUGUGGAUAUGAAUGAGAGCGAUACGAGCAGCAACAACUCCAUGUUGCAAACAGGAGAUGAAGAACUACCUCCACCACCCAGAUCUACCACCCCCAGGGGAACUCCUACAAAGACCGUGCAAUAUGUGGGGCUGCGUGGCUAUCGUGGCUGGCGCGUUAGGUAUCUGUACUCGGGAAGUGAUCAAGAUCUGAUCGAUCACGACGACGUCUAUAUGAACUGGACCGAUGAGAACACGCGCCUUUUGUACAUCUCCCACUUGAUGAUGGCAGACCUGAUAUGCGAGUUCAAUGCCAAUGAGAACCUGGUGGCCAGUUUGGAGAAGAAGCCACUACCCACCGGGAGCGAUAAUCCCCGGCAAAGCUGCAUUAUCUGUGAGUCUGAUAAAGAGUUCUAUGCCAGGCAGGAGCGUUUUGCCAGGAUUUCUCCAGAGUGAUGAAGUUUAAUCCAAGCUGAACCAAGCUAUUAAAAAGAUUUGUUUGCAUUUAUCAA